AUGUACUGGCCCAACAGAAUAUCAAACACACACCUCUGGACAGUCACAAAUCAAAGGCAAAUACAUUCCGAAGUUUUGAGAAGGAAAUGGCGAUGGAUAGGCCACGCAUUACGAAGACCACCCGGAGAUGUAACCCGCAAUGCCAUUGACUGGAAUCCGCAAGAUAGUAGAAGGAGAGGACGGCCUGCCCACACUUGGAGAAGACAGUUAGACAUAGAGGCUUCGCUAGCAGGAAAAAGUUGGAAUGAAAUCAAGAACCUAGCAUCAAACAGAAACGAUUGGAAAUCUUUCGUUGAGGCCUUAUGUUCCUUAUAG